AUAAUAUUUAUAGAAUAAAAUUGGGGACAUUUUCAUGCCACUAUCUUUCUAACGACUUCCAGUGAUCUACAUAAUUUGAGAGAGAGAUUGAGAGAGAGGGAGAGAGAUUUUGAGUAAAGUUGUGUGUUUAAUGUGUGAUGCUUAUACUACGAUGACGAGAGUAGAGAGAGAUCGAGAACUUUUGAUACCAGGCGCCGGCGAUUCAUCUACUUCCGGCGACGAUGACGCCAGCGUCUCUCCCAAGCCUUCUUCUUCCUCUUCCGCUUCGUCCUCUCACUCCUCCGGCCGCGAGACAUUUUAUAAAGUUGUUAGGAGCUGGGCUUCAAAAAAGUUCAUGACUGGAUGUGUUAUCUUGAUGCCCAUAGCAAUUACCUUCUAUAUAACAUGGUGGUUUAUACACUUUGUUGAUGGUUUCUUCUCUCCUAUCUAUGCACAUCUAGGAAUUGAUAUUUUUGGUCUUGGCUUCAUAACUUCCAUCACGUUUAUAUUCUUGGUUGGGGUUUUUAUGUCAUCAUGGUUAGGGGCAUCUGUAUUGAGCCUUGGGGAAUGGUUUAUCAAGCGAAUGCCAUUUGUUCGUCACAUUUACAGUGCUUCGAAGCAGAUUAGUUCAGCCAUAUCACCAGAUCAAAACUCACAAGCCUUCAAGGAAGUUGCCAUUAUACGGCAUCCUCGUAUUGGUGAAUAUGCAUUUGGCUUCAUCACUUCAUCAUUCGUUCUCCAGAGUUACUCGGGGGAGGAGGAACUGCUUUGCGUAUACGUGCCUACCAACCACCUUUAUAUCGGUGAUAUAUUCAUGGUCAAUGCCAACGAUGUCAUAAGACCAAACCUGUCAGUAAGAGAAGGAAUUGAAAUUGUAGUAUCUGGAGGGAUGUCAAUGCCACAGACUCUAGCAACACUGGAUUUGAGGACAGUUCAUGUGGAUAGAGGUAGAAGUGAUAGAACCUGAUUGUGGAGAGGCAUCAACUUCAGUAGAGUUCUGCAUACCAUGUGAUCUGAAGAGAGAUCUAUUUGCGCCCAUUUUUAACUUCUGUUUGUUUCUUGGAGAUCACAGUAAUCCCUUAUCUAGCUCCUAGCUAGAGUUCUAUGCAGCAAACAGGUCAAAUGGUAGAUGCGCAUUACAUCUGUAACAUUGAGUGCCUGUAUAAAAUGUAGGGAACUAGUGUUGACUUGUACUUAUAAUUUCAAAAUGCAAGAGGUAAUUUGAUUUUGAUCCUGGAGAAUUUACUGACGUUUGAUUUCACUCAUAAUGAAACACAUUUUGGUGAUCUUUCUAGACGGGAGAACAGGUCUCCGUAUUAUUCUAGUUGUGAACUGGUGCAUAUGCAAGUUUUAGUGAAGUUAAAGAAUUCUUUUAGUUGUGCACAUUUGCACUGUAAUGCUCUGCCUCGACUGCAAAUUAGAGACUGGUAUACAGUAGUGAUUUCCUUUGUGUUCAUUUUUAUUUUAAAAUUGCCCAGUUUUGGCUGAUACUAUAGUUAUCAAUUGAGUUCUCUUUGCUCCA